CUCUCUCUCUCUCUCUCUCUCUCACGUGAAUAACAGAAGUGAUACAGAAAAUUUGAGAGAGAAAAUCAAUCUCUCUCUCUCUCUCUCUCUCUCUCUCUCUCUCUCUCUCUCUCUCUCUCUCGUCAAUUAUUCGCUACAGUUAAUCACAAGCAAGAUGGAGAGCGGAGUGGUUGACCCGGGGUUCCCUGACCAACAACAGCCUCCACCAGCCAUCACCACCACCAUCUACUUCGAUAAAUCCUAUCUAAAUAUAAGAAACAUUCCAGCUGUUCUCAAAGCUGCUGUUAUGGUAGUGAAUCUGAUCGGGUACCUGUGUUCAGCUUUCUCGCAAUACAACAACAAGGCUCACAGUGAAUGGUUCUGCUUUGUGUCCAUGAGUGGAUUUUGGUUCAGUGGCAUUCUCCUGCUUCUCUACGUCCUUCAUGUCAUUGAGAAGUUCCAAAAGGUUCCUUGGCUCAAAGUGGAGCUGGGUUACUGUGCAUUGUGGGCCCUACUCUACCUUAUCGCCGCCUCUGUCAACAUCUACCGCGGCGGAGCAGAUUCGGCCGCUGGCUUCUUCGGCUACGUUGCCAUGUGUAUCUACGCCGCCGAUGCCUUUCUGAAGUUCAAAGCCUGGCGAUCCGGAGAACUAGCACAGGGGCAAAGGCAGAUGCAGCAGGCCCCUGAGUUGGCUUCCCCUGGGGCUUACUAGAGGGGAAAAUGUUAAAGAGUUCUCCCUUAGGAGCCGAAGUGUUUGGCGCCGAUGUGUGAGAGAUCUAAAGGCGGGAAAGUAGAUUUUUCUUUCUAAUUUCAUUUUUCUUUCAUUUCUAAAAGUUUGCAGGGACUCAGGGGGUGUGUCAGGGGUGGAAGGGUAGAGGAAGCCGUUGUCUCCCCUGGGUUAUCCUCCCAUGGGGCUUGUGAAGGGAGAAAACAUGAAAAAAUAAAUAAAUACCCCAAGAUUUUAACGCUAUGUUCCAAUGCCAUAACCAUUUUAUUAUCAUUUUGCUAUUUUAUACCUUCUGCCGCCCCCUGUCGCCUCAUGCCGCCCCCUGCCACCCCCUGCUACUCUCUACUGCCCCCACUACCCUUCCCAGCAGUAACAUGGUUGCCCACAGUUUACAAAAUCGCAUUGUUUGGCUCCAAUGAUCCAAAAAAUAUGAAAACCUGUCAAUUUUUUGUGGGUGUUUUAAAAAGACAUGUUUUUGUAAUGUUUAUUUCAAUGUAUUUUUAUUUUUUGGGCAUUUUAUUACUUAAAUCUUAAUUAGAAUAUAAUAUAAGUUCAUCUGCUACUACUACUACUACUACUACUACUAUUACUACUACUACUAUUGUUGCAAAGUUUCUAAUUUAAUUUCACUUAUUUAUAUUUGCCUUGAAGUUUUUUUGGACGUAAGAAUGUAAUGGACGCGUUAGAUAGGCCUAAAUAUUGAGGCCUAUAUAUGUUUUCUUCAUUAUUGUUAUUUGCGUAGGUGACUGAAUGUAAUAAUAAUAAUAAUAAUAAUAAUAAUAAUAAUAAGCGGUUUAUUAGUUAGUAAAUGUAAAAAAUGUGUGUGUGUGUGUGUGUGUGUGCGUGUGUGUGUGUGUAGAAAAUGUUUCCACUGUUAAUGAAUGUAAAGUUCCUCUCACAACAUUCGUGUAAAAGGAACAGGAAACACUAUAUUGAUGUUGCAUGUUUAAAAUAAUAAUGUUGGCUCUCUCAGUGAAUGUUACGAAGUGAAAUGUUCGUAAGUAAUGUCGUAGAGAAUAAGAAAUGCAUUACAAGUUACGACAAUGUUAGUUCUCUCGGUGGAAGUUACAAAGGAAAUAUUCGUGAGCAAAGGUCAUAAAAUAAUAAGGAAUGCAUUACGGAACCAGACAAAGUUGAAAGUUAAGUGUUCGUAAAGGUCAUUAAAAAUUUGAAAAUGUAUCACGAAACCAGUUAAGUCAAAUAUUAAGUGUUCGUAAAGGUCAUAAAAUAAUAAGGAAUGCAUUACGGAACCAGUCGAAGUUGAAAGUUAAGUGUUCGUAAAGGUCGUAGAAAAUAAAAAAAAUGUAUCACGAAAGCAGUGAAGUUGAAAUUUAAUGUUCGUAAGGUUUGUAAAAAAGUUCGUAAAGAUUGCAAAGAAUAAGGAAUGCAUUACGAAACCAGUUAAGUAAAAAAUAAAAUGUUCGUACAGGUCGUAAAAAAUUUUUAAAAUGUAUCACGAAACCAGUGAAGUAAAAAAUUAAGUGUUCGUAAAGGUUGUAAAAAGUUCGUAAAGAUUGUAAGGAAUAAGGAAUGCAUUACAGAACCAGUUAAAUAAAAAAUUGAGUGUUCGUAAAGAUUGAAAAAAAAUCAGAAAUGUAUCACGAAACCAGUUAAGUCAAAAUUUAAUGUUCGUAAAGGUUGUAAAAAGUUCGUAAAGAUUGUAAAGAAUAAGAAAUACAUUACAGAACCAGUUAAGUAAAAAAUCAAAUGUUCGUACAGGUCGUAAAAAAAUUUGAAAAUAUAUCACGAAACCAGUGAAGUCCAAAGUGAAGUGUUCGUAAAAGUUGUAAAGAAUAAGAAAUGCAUUACGAAACCAGUGAAGUCAAAAAUUAAAUGUUCGUAAAGGUUGUAAAAAGUUCGUAAAGAUUGUAAGGAAUAAGGAAUGCAUUACGAAACCAGUUAAGUCAAAAAUCAAAUGUUCGUAAAGGUCGUAAAAAAUUUUAAAAUGUAUCACGAAACCAGUGAAGUCAAAAUUUAAGUGUUCGUAAAAGUUGUAAAGAAUAAGAAAUGCAUUACGAAUCUUUUCAAAGUUGAUUAAAAGAGUUGAAAAAAAUACUGAUGUUUAAAAAAAUGGAGAAUAUUGUUACGAUAAAAUUUUUGAAGAUG